AUGAACUGGACACGUAAUUUGUUGGUGGCGCUGAAAUGGUCACUCUAUUUGGGAACGUUCUACAAAACGAUACCGUUUAUAGGCUCUGUCUCCAAAUCGCUGAUUGAGAGUUAUAUUUCCUCUUCGGUGUCUUUUAACUUGGAUACAAUUUACCUCAAUUGGAAUACGUCGUUUCCGGCCAUAACCGUUUGUGAGCUAUACAAUUCUGAAAAAAUUUGGGACGUAAGCGAUGCGCACUUUGGACAAGAACAUGAUUUCCAUAUCGAUGAUUUUAUCAGCGAAAUUGCAUUCUUUCGAGGCCUUUGCAUUAGCUGCGAUAAUUGUCAUGAACUACACUGUCCGGAUAAUUUUACGCUGCUGUUAGAUGUGUUUCGCAGCAAAUGUAAUGAGCUGAUUAUUAAGUGUCGCUACCUGAACACUUUAUUCGACUGCUGCGAUCAGUUUCUGCCCAUAUUAACCGAGUACGGCGUCUGCUACUCCUUUAACUCACAUCAGGCGACAAAAGUAGCACAAGUGCAGUACAAGAACAAUCGCAUAACAGGAGCGGGACAUCUCAAGUUCCAUGCAACGGCUGAUGUUCAGGUGAAUGUGCAUGCACCCAUCGAUGUGCCAUUUCAAUUCUCGGAGGGCAUGAUCCGGGAAUCGGUGCUGCUAGGUAACAACAAGGAGCUCAUCCUAAAUGUCAUCGAGGUGUACAAUCACGAGAAUGUCGAGGAGUUGAGCAAUGAGCAACGCCGUUGCCGCUUCAGUCAUGAGCAUGUCGAGCAACGGAUCGGAAUCUAUGAGUUCUACAGCUACUCCGGCUGCAUUGUGGAGUGCACGGUUGCCCUACAUCUGCUCUACUGCAAUUGCACCAGCCACUUUAUGGCUGUGCCCAGCCAGAACUCGUUGCCCGUCUGCGACUUUCGUGGCCUGAUCUGUUUAACGCACAUUCACGAAAAAUUGAUGGCUGAACGAAAGUCCUGCGACUGCAUGAGCUCAUGCGAGGAGCCCGAAUAUAACAUUAUCUACAACACACCAGAUGACAGCCAGAAAGUCGAUAAGGAUAUCUCCGACAUACAUGUGGCACUGGUGGAGCUGCCCACACAGCGCUAUGUGCGUCGCGUGGCAAAAACGCCCCUGGACUUAUUGAUUUCAUUUGGCGGCUUGAUAAGUCUCUUUUUCAACGUCUCUGCGCUACGCACCGUGGAGACCAUAUUUAUAUUUUUGGAAUAUAGAAAAAAGAUCUUCAACUGGGCAAAUAGAUUCUACAUUGGCACUUUAAAAUAUUUACAAAUUUUGAUACAGUUAAAGUAA